AUGUACCUCGAGAUCCGCGUGAGCGUCGACCGCUCAGCACCAGCAGACCCCUCAACAAACCCGCUCAACUGCACCGUCACGUACACGGGCGUCGGCGCCGAGGACAUCGACCUGAACCCGGCAAACAACCUCCUCACCCGCACAGCCCUGUACGUCCUGCGCUGCCACGAGCAGCACGAGUUCCCCGCGCAGACGCACGUGCAUAUCCACAACCCGAUCCCGCUCGGUCGGGGGCUGGGGUCGUCAGGUGCCGCCGUCGUCGGCGGCGUGCUCCUCGGCAACGUCGUGGGCAACCUGAACCUCCCCAAGCCGCGUCUGCUGGAUUUCUGCCUCAUGGUCGAACGGCACCCGGACAACGUCGCCGCGGCCCUCUACGGCGGGUUCGUGGGCACAUAUCUCAACGAGCUCGACCCCGUCGACAUGGCGCGGAAGGAGGUCCCGCUCUCAGAAGUACUCCCCCAGCCGGCCGGCGGGAUCGACACGGGCCUCAUACCGCCCAUCCCGCCCGAGAAUAUCGGCCACUACAGGAGAUUCAACUGGGCCAAGGAAAUCAAGGCGCUGGCAAUCAUCCCGGACUUUGAGGUCAGCACCGCCAAAGCCAGGGAGGUGUUGCCCAAGGAGUAUUCCCGACAGGAUAUGAUCUUCAACCUUCAACGCAUCGCCCUGCUCACCACCGUCCUCUCCGACUCCCCGCCCGACCCGUCCCUCAUCUACUCCGCCAUGCAAGACAGGAUCCAUCAACCCUACCGCGCCGGCCUCAUCCCGGCCCUACCGUCCAUCCUGUCCUCCAUGUCCCCCCAGACCCACCGGGGCCUGCUGGGUAUCUGCUUGUCCGGCGCCGGACCAACGAUAUUGGCGCUCGCGACGGAGAAUUUCAAGAGUAUCGCCGACGUUAUCAUUAACAAGUUCGGCGACGAAGGCAUUACUUGUGAGUGGAAAGUCUUGGAGCCCGCCGAAGAUGGAGCCACCGUGCAGGAGGUGCCCGGGGAUGUGCUGAUGUACCGGAAAGAGCUCCCCAAGGUUUGA